AUUCUUUCUCAUGUCACGUAUUUGAUUAAUUAAUUGACAAAUCACAAAAACAAAAAACAGUGUCCGACAAUGUCCACAAAAAUUAUCGAAAUUUGAUUUAGCAGAGUUUGUCGGGUUGUGAUUUAGGCCUAUCUUUAGUUUUUUAUUUCUUUAAGGCAGACUUAAAUAUGCCCAGAUUAAACUGUGACAUAUUGUGACUUCAUUUUUACUUUUACUUAUUUUUAUUUACAUAAAUGGAGUUGGAGUUACAAGAAUCUCUCCUGAUUGAUGAAGAUCCGAUACCUCACACGUCGAAACAUUUCAAAAGAAAAACUGAGAAAGGCCAAGAUGAGAAAGUUAUAGAAACAGUAAAAGAUGAUCAAAUGGACAAUAUAACAUCAAUAUUACUACGUAAUUAUGAUAAUAAAUUGUAUGGAGAAGACGACACAUCACAACCCACUUCUAGGACUGCACCUAUUAUACCUAUGGAAGCUACGCGGAAAAAGAAGAAAAGAAAAAGAUCGCAAAUUACAAUAUGCCUAACAAAUUGUCGAUAUGAGUCGAUUCGUAAAGUUGCAAGUGCUUUUGGUAUGAGAGAGGUAUCUGAAGAAGACGCCUGGAACUUUUAUUGGACUGAUAUGAGUGUCUCUGUUGAAAGAGCCAAAGAGAUGAAGAGAUUUCAACGAAUUAAUCAUUUUCCUGGAAUGCUGGAGAUAUGCAGAAAAGAUUUAUUAGCUCGCAACUUAAAUCGAAUGCAAAAAAUAUAUCCUAAGGAAUAUAGUUUUUUCCCCAAGACAUGGUGCCUACCGGCAGAUUUUGGCGAAGCUCUAAAUUACAGUAAAUCGAGGAAAAAUAAAACAUUCAUUAUAAAACCCGAAUGCGGCAGUCAAGGCCGCGGUAUUUAUCUCACGAAAUCUCUUAAAGAAAUAAAACCGACUGAUAAACUUAUCUGUCAGGUAUAUUUAGCUAAGCCAUAUUUAGUGGAUGGAUACAAAUUCGACAUAAGAGUGUACACCCUUAUAACAUCUUGUGAUCCCCUUAGGAUUUUUGUGUACAAUGAAGGAUUAGUUAGAUUCGCAACAAGUCGAUACGCGGAUCCGAAUGUGAAUAACACGACGAAUGUGUUCAUGCACCUCACUAACUAUGCACUUAACAAGCACAGUAGGACAUAUGUCUACGAUUCUGAAGCGGGAAGUAAACGUAAGAUAUCGACGUUGAACAAAAUACUGCUGUCGCAAGGCGUAGACCUGGAUCGGUUAUGGCACUCCAUAGAUCAAGUGAUUGUUAAGACGAUAAUAUCUGCCUGGCCCAUCCUCAAGCAUAGCUAUCACGCGUGCUUCCCUUCGCAUGAUAUGGUUCAUGCCUGUUUUGAGAUACUCGGUUUCGACAUUCUCCUAGAUCACAAACUGCAUCCCUUUAUUUUGGAGGUGAAUCACUCCCCAAGUUUUCACACCGACACUCAAUUGGACCGCGAAGUUAAAGAAAAUCUUUUAACCGACACCUUCACAAUGCUCAAUAUCUGGCAAUGCGAUAAGAAACGCGUUUUGGAGGAAGACAGGAAAAGGAUUAGGGAUAGACUAUUGCAAACAAAUAAGUUCCCUGAAUACACACCGACAGAGGAGAGAGAACCAGAAAAGAGCCCUUGGCAGACACAAAUUCAAUGGGAGGAGACGCAUUUGGGAAACUUCAGACGCGUAUACCCAGUAGGUGAGCAGUACGCCUCAUUAUUCCAGCAGCCAUCAGGUUCAUUAUACACAGGCACCGCGUCAUCACGGGCACGUGGGGACUGCACUCGUGCGCAGAGGGAAGAAUUUCAGCAAAUUAAAGCAAAAGCCGAAGCUUUAAAGAAACCCUCUCAGCCAAAAGGCAAAGAAGAGAAGAAGGCGCCAGAUGAAGCGAGUGCUGUCACUUCCAAUGUAACAGCAACCACAAGCGCUGAUAAGACAAAGAUUAAACCGAAGGUAGACCUUAAGCGGAAAGAUAUCAAGGACGAUAAGAAACUUACAGCUAAGUCUUCGAUUCAGCAGGUCAUCAAUGUCGAAGAGAAAGAACCAAAACCAACUUAUGUUUUAUGUUCAUACGAGCCGGACCCUAUAAUUGAGAAAGAGGAACGUGAGCGUGUUAAUUUGUUAGCGCAACGAGACUUCCUUAUUCGCAGCUAUGGAAUGCUGGAGCAGAUAUACUUGGUUAUGAAGAAAAUGGGCACUCUGAGACCUGAGGACGAACGAAAGUACGGUGUCUACGGGCGCCUAUCCGUUGUCUCCAACUCGCCGACCAAGAAAAUGUGAAAGUAAAAAGUCAAAAAUCAAUAAAAAGGAAAAAUUUACAUGUAAAAUGAAACGAAAAGAUAAAAUUUUGUGUGCAGAGAAAAAUUAAGAAGAGUAAAGAAAUAGUUGCGCAUGCACACCGCAGGGAAACAUUUGAUGAUAAACGGCUUCGGAGUACUCCUGCAGCUGCACACGCAGAAGUUAACUAGUCACCUCGCUGUAAUGACGUCAUAGUGCUGUACUAACUGCAUAAAAAAUCAAGAACUCAUGAUCGUUCAUCAUUGAUCUGCAAAGACGCCAUACACUUAAACAAGAUAUAUACAUUUUAAAACAAAAAAACUCGUAUUCAUCGAAUAGACGUGGUGAUGAGCGAUUCUAUGAUUUCAUCAUCGCGAUUUGAAAGGCAGUCUCGCACUCAAUGGACAUAUCGCAGAUCUUCCGUUUCAACAAAUAGGUUUAAUGUAAAGUAACGUUCCUGUGCUUUAAUAGUCUUGUGUAAAUAAAACCUUGAAAAUAUUUCCAAAGUGACUAAAACCAUCCCAACUUUCGUCUGGUCUCGGCACUUCAUAAAUCUUUAAGAAUAUACAAUUGUUUUGUUUA